UAAAGGUCGAAGUAGACACACACAAAUUGUGAUUAUUAAACAUAUUUAUGAGUGCAUACAGUUAAAUAUGGACACUGUUUUCAAGAGGACGUAACCUCUGCUGUUGUGAUACAUUCUAAGUCAUCAAUAAGCUAGACUAGACGCCAUGUUGCACAUAGUUGUGACGUCAGUGUGCGUCAUAUCCGGUUUUCAUGCGUUGCUAGGGGUGAUUAGUGUCAUCGUGGGCAUCAUAUCGAGCAGCAAAUCUGAGGUUUGGCUGGCCCACUGUGUCUCCCCAAUUUGGAGCGGAGGAUUUUUUAUUAUAACCGGAAUACUAGGGAUAUUCUGCGCUCGCAGGAAAACUUCAUAUGUGAUCAUGUGUUUCACGGCAUUCUCUGUGGUUUCCAUGGUAACAGCAGUGGUCAGUAUCCAGCUGCUACGUCUCGGGCUUGUUAACCACACCACGGACGGACAGACGUUCCAAAAACACAAUAAGGACACUUUAAUAAUCAUUGCGCUUGCGCUGGCCGGAAGUGAAAUCCUCAUAUGUCUGGUAUCCACGUUGUUAAGCUGUCGCAUGGCAAAGGUUGCCAAGGAGGAGUUGUGUAAACGCCGCGAGGGGAUGUUCCAUGUGAAGGCAGAUGCAGACGAAAAUUACAAUGACGUCACACUGUCGUCUGGACUAUCUGACAAUAAUAUUGCUGCUGCCGCUUCUGCUGCUUCUGGCAAAGAAGACGUUUUAAAUGAAAUGAAUUUUCUUGAUGUGUGUAUUGAUAAACAUAAUGGUGUAGCAGAUAUUGAGUACAGUGAAGAAGAAAUAGAGCAAACUGAAGGUGUCGGUCAAGAAAACAAUGAUAAUGAUCUUGAUUUCGAAGUACAGGAGGCAACUGUCCAAAAAGACAGUUUAAAAACUCCGCUAAGGUUAGAUAUAAACAGACAUGUCCAAGUAUUUACAGUUCUAGCGAACGACGAUGGAUCAACAUCGCCAAGACCUGAAACCUGAUGGAGGAGACCACUUCUAUUUGGUGUGUUGUUACAUUGCCGAUGGUUCCUUAAGCCAAAGAUGUUCUCGUGCCAGUAUUCACGUUGGUUUAAAUUCACUUGGAAUAAACAUGUUCAAAUCAAUUAGGUGCUUCUGUUUAACUGUGGAGCUGCUUACAGUGGACUGUGUUGUAUACCAAGUAGAGCAUUGCUAUCCAAUCACCGUGGUCGUAUAAGUCAUCGUCAUUGUUGCUAGUAAUUGAAGACAAUGUAUCUUCUUCAGCCUAAACAAAAAGCGCCUUUUCCAUAGUAUACAUAAACGUGCAUGCCUAAACUGAUUUGAGACCGACCUCGCUCCAUACAAUGGGAAACCACAGUCUUAUUUAUUUGUAGUGUAAAGUGUCAUUUCGUUGUAAGAACUAGUUUUGUUCUAUCCGUCCAGGUACCGGUUUGUUGUACAGCUGUAGUAAACCACCUUUGUUGCUGUUGUUCUUUAGUGAUAUAUAUGUCCAUGGCGCGUGUAUAUAAAUUGAUAAAACGGUUGAUGUAUUCAAUAUUAUCUUUUAUUUUAUUUUAUUUCAUUUUUGUUAGUGCAUUCUGCAUACUUAUGUUUGAUUUUUUUUUGCUCAUUGUUUAUGACAUAGUGAUAGUUAUUGUCAUUUAUGUAGUCACGUUAAGGUGUUCCAAUGGCGAUGCUGUGUUAUAGCGUGUUUGUAAGUGAAUGACUCUAUUAAUUCACUACUGUUGUUAAGGCAAAUAUGACUGUCAGAUGUGUAAAUUACUUAUAAUAUAUCAUAUGAGCGCUUGAAAC